CAAUGCUGGGAAAUCUUCCUGCUUCGCAGUUAUUCAGCAGUAGCAGAAGCUUCCCACAGAUUUGCUCCAUAUUUCUACCAUGCUGCAUUUGAGCAAGGGGGAUUUUGUAUGGGUGAAUACCGGUGCCGAGGUGCCGAUUGGGGCUGAAGUUAAGGUUACGGACACCGGGCAGUUUCAGCUGAUCGAUGAUGAGGGAAAGGAGCACAAAGUCAACAAGAAGAUCGAGGGCAGUAUCCGGCCCAUGCACCCCACCUCUGUUAAAGGUGUGGAUGACAUGAUAAGGCUGGGUGACCUCCAUGAGGCUGGGCUGCUCAGGAACCUUCUGGUGCGACACAAAGAGGGCCUCAUCUAUACGUACACAGGCUCCAUUCUGGUGGCAGUCAACCCUUACCAGCUGCUGCCCAUCUACACCACCGAGUACGUGCACAUGUACACAGACCGGCGGCUGGGGGAACUGCCGCCACACGUCUUCGCCAUCGCAGACGCCUGCUUUUUCAACAUGCGCCGCAACAGGAAGAACCAGUGCUGUGUCAUCAGCGGAGAGUCGGGAGCUGGAAAGACCGAAAGCACCAAGCUGAUGCUGCAGUUCCUGGCUGCAGUGAGUGGGCAGCACUCCUGGAUAGAGCAGCAGAUUCUUGAGGCAAACCCCAUCUUAGAAGCUUUUGGUAACGCCAAAACCAUUCGCAAUGACAACUCCAGUCGAUUCGGAAAGUACAUUGACAUCAACUUCACGAAGGGCGGGGCAAUCGAAGGGGCCCGUGUUGAUCAGUACCUUCUGGAAAAGUCUCGAGUUUGUCGUCAGGCGCCUGAAGAAAGAAACUACCACAUCUUUUACUACAUGCUGAUGGGGAUGUCAGCAGAGCAGAAAAAGAUGCUUUCCCUCGGGACUUCUGCUGAGUACAAAUAUCUGACCAUGGGUAACUGCACCAGCUGCGAAGGACGUGAUGAUGUGAAGGAGUAUGCUCACUUCCGAUCAGCUCUAAAGAUCCUCAUGUUCACAGAGUCAGAUUCUUGGGAAAUCUCUAAGCUUCUUGCUGCCAUGCUUCACUUGGGCAAUGUGGACUUUGAGAGCACCAUAGUGAGUAACCUGGAGGGAUGCGACAUCCUCCAAUCGUCCCAUUUCAACAUGGCCAGCAAGCUGUUGGAGGUGGAUCCCAAGGCACUGGAGAAGAGUCUCAUUCAGCGCUCCGUGAUGACCACCAGAGAGACUGUGACCAAAAAUCUGACCUCUGCCCAAGCCGUGGAUGGCAGGGAUGCCUUUAUCAAAGCUAUGUAUGGAAGACUUUUUAUUUGGGUGGUGGAAAAAAUCAACGCUGCCAUUUACAAGCCGUCUCAGGAUGAGACUGAAUCCCAACAGUCAAUCGGCCUUCUUGACAUCUUUGGAUUUGAGAACUUCAGCAAAAACAGCUUCGAGCAGCUGUGCAUCAACUAUGCCAACGAGCAGCUGCAGCAGUUCUUUGUGAGACACGUUUUCAAGCUGGAGCAGGAGGAAUAUGCUCGUGAGAACAUCAUUUGGAAGCACAUUGAUUAUCAAGACAACCAGCGUACCCUGGAUGUUUUGGCAAGCAAACCUAUGAACAUGCUAGCACUUAUUGAUGAAGAGAGCAGCUUCCCCAAGGGCACAGACGCCACCAUGCUUCAAAAGAUGGAUAAGGUCCAUGCGAAAGGGGACAUCUACAUUGCCCCAAAAAACAGCUACGAGACACAGUUUGGUAUCAAGCAUUUUGCUGGAGUGGUCUACUAUGACUCACAAGGCUUCCUUGAAAAAAAUCGUGACGCCCUCAGCACAGACCUGAUUCAGCUAGUGGAGACCUCAGCCAACAAACUCCUUAGACAGAUGUUUAACAACGAGCUGGCCUCCAGCUCCACCAAGAUAAAGAGCAGCAUCAACCCCAAGAUGAUCAUCACCACACCCAAAAACACCUUACGGCAAGCAGCUGACACCAAAAAACAAAUUACAACUCUGACUGGCCAGUUCAGAAAGUCCCUGGACUCUCUGAUGAAAACUCUGACCCUGUGUCAGCCUUAUUUCAUUCGCUGCAUCAAACCCAACGACUUCAAGAAGCCCAUGCUGUUUGACAGAGAGCUGUGCAUGCGCCAGCUCCGUUACUCUGGCAUGAUGGAGACGAUCAAGAUCCGGAAAGCCGGGUAUCCCAUACGCUACACUUUCAGCGAGUUUCUAGAGCGCUACCGUGUCCUCUUGAAGACUUCCAUUUGCGAUCCCAAAAACGAAAGCAAAGAGAAGUGCUGUCUGAGCAUCUGUGAGAGCGUGCUCACCGGAGAGGGCGACUGGAAGACUGGCAAGACAAAGAUAUUCCUCAAGGACUUCCAUGACACCAUGCUUGAACUGGAGCGAAUGAAGGAGCUGAACACUAAAGCUCUUCUGAUCCAGAAAGUCCUGCGAGGCUAUAAAUACAGGAGAGACUUCCUGAGGAAAAAGGCUGCUGCACUCGUCAUCCAGAAGUACUGGAGAGGACACAAAGACAGGAAGCUGUUCAAAAAAGUGCAGCUGGGCUUUGCGAGACUGCAGGCUCAGGCCCGCUCUCGUAAACUCCACCUCCAGUACAAGAAGAAGCGGGAGGCCACCCUUGUGCUGCAGACCCAAAUCCGAGGAUACCUGGCCAGGAAGGAGUGGAAACGCAAGAGAGCUGCAGUGGUCCUGCUGCAGGCACAAACCAGGGGCAUGCUGGCAAGAAAACAUCUCAAAAAGAUGAAGAGAGAUAUGCAGCUCUCUGCCAAAGAGAGAGAAGAAGAGCGGCGAGCCAUUUUGGAGAAACAGAGACACUUGGAGGAAGUGUUGAGGAAGAAGAGAGAAAUGGAGGCUCAAGCACAGUCUGAAGCCAUCACAGACCAGGAGAUGGUAGACGACAUCUUUGGCUUCCUCCCCCCUAUCGUUGGAGGCCAGGAGGGGCAGGCUCCUGUGGGAUUUGAGAAUAUUGAGGGGAAACGGACCAUCAUUGAGGAAAUAGACAUUGACGAUCUUCCCAUGGAGGAAGAUCUCCCUAAAGAGGAUUAUGAUGAUCUGGAUGAGUACUCCUUCUCCAAAUUUGCCUCCAUGUACUUCCAGGGUGCGGCCACAGACAACCACAUCCGUCAGAGGCUUCGACAGCCGCUGCUGUACCACGAGGACGAGGGAGAUGUCCUGGCUUCGCUCACUGUGUGGUGGAUCAUCCUGAGGUUCAUGGGAGACCUCCCUGAACCAAAGAAGCAGACCAGAGCUCAGGGAAAGCCCACACAGGAACGAUUUUUGCCAAAAGACCUGAUGUCUAGAAACGACAGACGUCUGAGCAACAUGGUGGGACUCGAUCAGAGGAUGUUAAGGAGUCAAAAAGACAGCAAGCCUCCUACAGCGGCCGAGGAUCCAAAUCAAAAGAGGAAAGGCUCCAUUUUCACCGACCUUCUGACUAAAAACAAGAAGGCUUCUGCCAUGCCCAGCGACGCUGCUCCAAACCCAGGUGCAUACACUGUGCCAGAAGCAGGCCCUCGAGCAAGGAAGGGAUCCACUUUCACUGACUUACUGUCCAGGAACAAAAAAGCAGCCCCUCCUCAAGAACAUGUAUCCCAAAAAUCCAGCUUCAGGAAGCCCUCAAUCAUCAUGGAGGAGUCAGAUGAUGUAACUGAAGUGUCGAAGCCCACCACCCUGCAGACUGUGAAGGAGGACAGUGAUGUUAUGAUUGGAGAUGGACCCACUCUGGACAAGCCCCUGACAUCUCUGGAGAAGCUCCACAUCAUCGUGUCGUACGGCAUCGUCAGACGAGACCUCAGGGAUGAAAUUUACUGUCAGAUCUGCAAGCAGCUUCAGGAUAACAACAAUCGGAACAGCUACUUCCGCGGUUGGAUCCUGCUGUCACUUUGUUUGGGCAUUUUCCCUCCAAGCGAUCGUUUUAUAAGGUACCUCCAGAGUUUCAUCCGCUUUGCGCCGGGAGGUUACGCUUCCUACUGCGCUGAGAGGCUGCGCCGCACCGUCAUGAACGGAGAGAGGGGGGAGCCUCCAGCUUGGCUGGAGCUGCAGGCAACCAAGACCAAAAAGCCCAUGAUGGUGUCUGUGUUACUGAUGGAUGGGCGCUCCAUUAACCUCCCUGUCGACUCAGCAUCUACAUCCAAAGAGAUCUGCCAAAUCGUCUCCAACAAAGUCAAACUAGAAGACACUUUUGGCUUUUCUCUCUACGUCGCCAUGUAUGAAAAGGUGUGGGCUCUGGGCAGCAGUCAGGAGCACGUCAUGGAUGCCAUCUCCCAGUGUGAGCAGGAAGUGAAGAGGAAGGGAGGCCAGGAGCAGCACGCCCCGUGGCGUCUUUUCUUCCGGAAGGAGGUCUUCACCCCCUGGCACGACUGCAAAGACAAAGUCAGCACAGACCUCAUCUACAAGCAGAUCAUCCACGGCCUAAAGUUUGGAGAGUACCAGAGCAAAAAGGAGGAUGACAUGGUUCAGCUCGCUGCUAAACAUUUGUACAUCCAGCAUGGCUCUGACAGCCGUCCAGAAAAUGUGAGAGAAGCCGUUCAGGAUUGCAUCAGCAACGCACUGCUGGAGGCCAAGUCAGAAGCCAAAUGGAUUCAGAUGAUCAGCACUGCUCACGCUCAGGGCCAGUUUCUGACUUCGAGACAAAAAGCAGACUCAGUGAAGGCAGAGUUUGUCAACUUUGCCAGGGAGAAGUGGCCCAUGUUCUUCUCCAGGUUCUUCAAGGUUGCCAAACAAUCAGGUCCUCCACUGCCAAAAAACAAGUUUAUUGUGGCUGUAAACUGGACUGGUAUCACAUUCCUGGAUGAGAGGGAGAAGAGGCUGCUGGAACUCUCUUUCCCAGAAGUCACUGCAGUCAACACCAUAAAGGAGGGUAAAGCAUCUGGCCUGGCUGUGAGUCUGCUGACACUGAAAGGAGACUUCACCCUGAGUGGAUCCACUGCUGCGGACAUGUCUGAGCUGAUCACCAUGUUCCUCAGUGGGCUGACGGAGCGAUCUGUGUACGCUAUGGCUCUGAGGGAAGUCAGCAGUCAAGAAGACCCCACAAUCCUCAGCUUCAAAAAAGGAGAGCUCAUUAUACUUAUCAAAGAUAAUGAGUUCUCUCAGCAGCGCGGCUGGCUAAAUGGUCAAAAUGACAGCACCAAGAAAACUGGAGCUGUCCCGAUUGAUGCCAUCUCAAUACUGCCAAUGCUCAGCAAACCCACCAAUGAGCUCAUGAGCCUCUUUAACCUGUCACCCAACCAGAGGAAGAACUUCAUACAGGCUAACCAGAAGGAAAUGGGAACAGUGGAGAGGCUGGCUCCUGCUACGCUGAAAGAGUUCUCUCUCGAGUAUUUCAGGCAGCCCACGAAGGAUGUGAACCGUCAGGUGAUUUCUAGGAAUGCCACACCUGAGAAGCUGUGGGCCCACUCCAGAGAGCCAAUCAGACAGCCGCUCCUCAAGAAGCUGAUGGGCAACUCGGAGAUCAGCCACAAAGCCUGCCAGGCCUUCACUGCGAUCCUGAAGUAUAUGGGAGAUUAUCCCACCAGGCAGAUGCAGAGUGCGCUUGACCUCACCAACCAGAUUUUUGGCCCUGCCACUGAAAAUGAGGCGCUGAGGGAUGAGAUCUACUGUCAGGUCAUGAAGCAGAUGACCAGCAAUAACAACAGGUUCAGCAUAGAGCAGGGCUGGCAGUUGCUGUGGCUCUGCUGUGGUCUGUUUCCUCCCAGCCAAUCUCUUCUAAAGCAUGCUCAGCGAUUUCUGGAAUCACGUCGCAGAGAGCCCCUCGCCUCCGACUGUCUGCAGCGGCUGCAAAGCUCUCUGAGGAUGGAGCCCAGGAAGCUCCCACCACACCAGGUGGAGGUAGACGCCAUCCAACAGAACAGCACCCAGAUCUUCCACAAAAUCCACUUCCCCAACGACACAGACGAGGUAUUUGAGGUGGCAACCAGCACCAGGAUCAAGGAUCUCAUCCAGAAUAUUUCCAAGAAGCUUAACCUGACUUCAGCAGACGGCUUCAACAUUUUUGUCAAAACACAUGACAAGGUUCUCAGUUUAAAUGAAACAGACUACUUCUUUGACAGCUUGAGACAAAUCACUGACUGGUCCAAGAAAUCCAAGGGGCUCAAAGAUGGUGGACCAGCCAACAUAACCUACCUUGUGUUCUUCAUGAGGAAGUUGUGGUUUAACGUGAUCCCUGGCAGAGACAUAGAGGCUGAUCUUAUCUUCCAUUUCCCUCAGGAGUUACCAAAAUACCUGAGAGGCUAUCAUGUUUGUACUAAAGAGGAAAUAGUCAACAUUGCAGCUCUGCUGUUCAGGGUCAAGGUUGGCACUGACAAGAACCAGUUGGUCAUGAUUCCCAAGAUGCUGAAGGAGCUGGUGCCCGCAGACCAACUGAAAGCCAUGUCCGAAAACGAGUGGAAAAAGAAUAUUGUCGCCACUUUUAACAAACAAGCUGGUUUGACUGCUGAUGAAGCAAAAGUGACAUUUUUGAAAGCGGUUCACCACUGGCCGACGUUUGGCUGUGCCUUCUUCGAGGUGAAGCAAACAUCAGAGCCAGAUUUUCCCGAUAUCGUACGAAUAGCCAUCAGCAAGCAAGGACUUACGAUCAUCCACCCUAAAACUAAGGCGGUUCUGGCUAAUCACCCUUUCAACCGCAUUGCUAAUUGGUGCAGUGGAAGCACCUACUUUCACAUGACUGUAGGCAGCUUAGUGAAGGGAACCAAAUUCCUGUGUGAAACAUCACUGGGCUACAAGAUGGACGAUCUUAUAACCUCAUAUGUCAACAUGUACCUAAGAGAGGGGAGGGCAGUGCAAACCAGGAGCCAUCGCUUCAACAUGUGAAGUCAGCAACACAUCAGCAACACAGGAAGUCAGGUUUAUUUGCGCUGAGGGAAAAAAGACAUUGAUUUUUCAGUUUUUAUUUAAAACCACUUCUGUUGAAACAUUUCCAAGUAGCCAAGUGAGGAGAAAGUAAUCAGUUAUUUUACACAUUUACUUAAAAACUUAAACUGUUCUUAAUGAGCCAUUAAUUCUGUUCAAAAAUGCGUUUUCCUUUCCAGAAGCAAAACUCAUCCAAGAUGACUGAAUGUAAAACACCUUUAUGUUGUUUUUUAUAUGUGUGAGUGAAUCAGCUUUAUUAAUGAGCAUUUUAAAUAAGGAGCAAUCUUGUAAACCCUGUAGUUCAAGCCGACAUGUAUUUAGUCAGGAUUUCAUGCAUAACAAUCCUCUCAUAGCAGUUUUGUCAUCUUGCAGGUUUAUAGUAACUUUUACUUGUGACGACUGGAAUCAGCAUUUGUUUAAUGUUAGCAUGAAGCGACACAUCAUUAGCUUUGUGCUUAUAAAGUUAAACGGCUCAUAAAUGCAUAGAAUUAAAUUGAAUUUUACUGUUGUUCUGCCACCUUUUUUUUUUCUGUAGGACUCAAAUUGUAUGGCUCCACUCUGUACUGCCAAACUUUGCUACAUGUCUGUUUUCCCUAUAAAAAGAUGUUAAAUUCAA